AUGAACUUGAACACACCCUUUCAUGAGAUGCAACAAUCCCGCGGAUCGGAAGCAACCACUGGUUUCAACAGCUUCCUCAACCAGCCAAUGCAGCAGAUUGAUCCAUACGGCUUUUCAAAAUUUCAAGUUGUGAACAAUGACUCAAAUGGUCACAGAAACCAGGGGAAUGAAGUUUCGUUCCAGGGAUGCUCCGAGCAAUUCUUUACUCUGGAAUCUACUCCGGCAAUGGACUAUGCUACAUACAGUUCCCCUUCCGCUGUAAGUGCAUCUUCCAAUCGAAGUCCCUUUUCAUCUCAGGGUUCUCAUUCUUAUGCAUCCGACCAUCAUCAUUCAUCCGAGAACACCUAUGGUUCACCUCUGAGUGGGUCUUCUGGGGUCGAAGAUGAAAACAAAUUGAUGCGGGCACUUUGGGUACUAAAGAAUGAUCUGCUCGGGCCUGAAUCCGAAACCGAUGACAGUGGCUUCUUCAACGGUAUAGUCACACAACCUUCUCCCUUCUCGAAGUACAACAAAGUCCUGGACAUGGCUCCCCAUAUGGACCUAAAGCAAUUGCUCAUUGCCUGUGGGCAAAUAGUCUCGGAGGCUGAUGCUAUCCCAUUCCCCGACAGACAGGUCGCGAUAUCCGCUGCAGAAGCUCUGAUGGAAAUAAUCGAAAAGUGGGUUUCUGUUUCCGGCGACCCUUUGCAAAGAUUGGGUGCAUACAUGCUGGAAGGACUCAGGGCAAGGUUGUUAUCCUCCGGAAGCAUAAUUUACAAGAAACUGAAGUGCAGCGAACCAACAAGCUCCGAACUGAUGUCGUAUAUGCACGUCAUCUACCAGAUCUGCCCAUACUACAAGUUUGCUUAUCAGUCGGCGAAUGUUAUCAUCGGGGAAGCCAUGGAAGGUGAAAACAACAUCCAUGUCAUCGAUUUUCAGAUCGCUCAGGGUAGUCAGUGGGUUUCCUUCAUUCAGGAUCUCUCUUGCCGGCCUGGAAGGCCUCCGUAUGUUCGAAUAACAGGCGUUGAUGAUUCCCAAUCAGCUCAUGCCCGGAAUGGAGGGCUCGAGAUAGUUGGUCGGAGGUUAGCAAAAGUAGCCGAGUCAUGUGGAGUACCGUUUGAGUUUCACAGCGCAGCCAUGUCGGGCUGUGAGGUCCAGCUCGAAAACCUACAGAUUCGCCACGGAGCAGCCCUAGCAGUAAACUUUCCCUACGUCCUGCACCACAUGCCCGACGAGAGUGUCAACACUAUGAACCAUCGCGAUCGCCUCCUUAGGCUCGUCAAGGGACUGUCCCCCAAGGUUGUGACGCUUCUCGAACAAGAAUCCAACACUAACACCGCCACAUUCUACCACCGAUUCUGCGAAACUCUGGAUUACUACACAGCAAUGUUCGAGUCCAUCGAUGCUGCCCGACCAAGAGACGACAGACAAAGAAUCAGCGCAGAGGAGCACUGCGUCGCAAGGGAUGUUGUCAACAUAAUAGCUUGCGAGGGGCCUGAACGCGUUGAGAGACACGAGCUUUUCGGCAAGUGGAGGUCGAGACUGCUUAUGGCCGGAUUCUCUCCAGUCCAAUUGAGUCCCUCCGUCGGAAGUACCAUAACAGCUAUGCUCUCGGAACACAGCCCGAACUAUAGAUUAGCCUCGGCCAACGGCGCUUUGUAUCUCGGAUGGAAGAACAGAGCUUUAGUAACAUGUUCCGCAUGGAGAUAGAGCCAAAAACAAACUACAGCAUAUCUUGGAAGACAUCAUCGAAUUCUCACAUGUAAUUUCGUGCUCAAUCUCUGUCCUGACUUAGGUUCAUUCUGACUAGGAACAUCGUGUCCAUCUUAUCUAUUUGGGGUUAAGACUUGGGAAAACUUUGAAUUGUUCUUCAA